UACAUCACAAAGUCUGGUGCGCGUGUGAAUUACAGCACUGGGCCUAUUGUGUGGGGAGAGCCUGGAACUAAUGGCCAGCACGCGUUCUAUCAGCUCAUACACCAAGGGACCCGCAUAAUCCCUUGUGAUUUCCUCAUCCCAAUACAGACUCAGAAUCUCAUCCGGAACGGGCUGCAUCACAAGAUCCUCUUGGCCAACUUCCUGGCACAGACGGAGGCUCUCAUGAAGGGCAAAUCCACAGAAGAAGCCAAGGCAGAACUGCAGGCCUCUGAUCUGAGUGGAGAGGCGCUGGAUAAGUUGCUGCCACACAAGGUUCUAGAUGUCUGCUUAAACGUACUCUGA